UUCGAUCGCUCUUUCCCCAAGCCGCCUACUGUAUUUGUGGGGCUGAGUGGAUUCGAAGUUGGCAAUGAUCGACUAAUUCAUCUCUACACAUUGGAGGUUGGCUGUGACGGAUUCGAUAUACACAUCGGAUCCGGGAUUCAUAACUCGGGGGCCCAGGCGACUUGGGUCGCAUUCCCAUCCGAUAAAGCGGGUGUCUUAGUUGGGGACUUUAGCGGCGACCCAAACAGAGGUUGGAGUGGGACAUGUACUUUUCCAAAACCAUUCGACCGUGUCCCGAAUAUUUUCACUGCCUUCACAAAGAUUCAUACCACUCGCGACUACAACCUUCGAGCUCGAUUAGACACACGUGUCUUCAAAGAUUGCAUGAAAUGGAGAAUACACACCUGGGGGGACACAGAGCUGUUUGCAGUCGAUGCUUCGUAUUUUGUGGUGGAAGAG